AAGAAGAAAAAUGGCUCCUCAAACAGAAUUCGUUUCAAAAACACAACACUACUUGAAAGUGAAAAAACCCAUGUUGGAACGUCAACGUCGUGCACGCAUGAACAAGUGCCUAGACUCACUCAAAGAACUAAUCGCUGAAUUUCAAGGCAAUGAUGCCAUUUUACGCAUGGACAAAGCUGAGAUGCUGGAAUCUGCUUUGGAAUUUAUGAAAGUGGAGUGCAAGAAACCCCUACAACCCAUUACAAAAGCUGCUGUUGCACCCAUCGAUUCAUUCCGCAAUGGUUACAUGAAUGCUGUCAAUGAAGUAUCACGUGUUAUGGCUGGCACCCCGGGCAUGAGCGUUAACAUGGGCAAAUCUGUUAUGACUCAUUUGGGCUCAGAAUUCAAUCGUCUUUUGCAAACACAACAAGUGCCACAAAUCAAUACAUCCUCAUCGGCUAGCAGCAAAGCACCUUUAAGUCCUGCUUCAUCUGGUUAUUGCAGUGAUACUGAAGAUCGCCAAUCGUUGGCUUCACCCGCUCCCGCCCAAAGCAUGUGGCGUCCUUGGUAAU